AUGGCAGCAUCUUCCUCCUCUUCUUCAGCUGGGGGGGUCAGCGGAAGCUCUGUCACUGGAUCAGGAUUUAGUGCUUCAGAACUCAUACCGCCUCGCAAAGUACUCUACACAUAUCCCAAAGGAGCCGGAGAAAUGAUGGAAGAUGGCUCUGAUAGAUUUUUGUGCGAGUCUGUUUUCAGCUACCAAGUUGCGUCUACACUCAAGCAGGUGAAACAUGAUCAACAAGUGUCUCGCAUGGAGAAACUAGCAAGCUUGGUUGAGGAGCUCGAAGCAGACGAAUGGCGGUAUAAACCAAUCGAACAGCUGUUGGGUUUCACACCUUCAUAAGCAAAGAUGUGGGCCUUCUGACAUAUGGACUGCUCAAGAAAGCUAGAACUUCUGAAGACUUCAGUUUGAAGAGGUCGUACAUCAGCAACCACAGCCAGCGUCCCUUUGUGUUUAAAUGGCUGGCACUCCCUCCGUAAAUCAGUCAAAAGGACCAUCAGAUUAAUUUCUAAAUUAUUUUUCGUCUAAUGUUCAUUUGUUGCAUUACACCCUAGCAAAUUGUAAAGACCUCUUUUUAAUGUGCACCGGUUCAUAAGUUUACAUCUUGCAAAGAUAUUUUUAGCUCUUGUGGCUUUCAAAGAAAAUGGCCAUGGUUGAAGCAAGUAGACCAGUGGAGAAAGCGGGCAUGCGUAGGCAUGUUUGUCCUCCUUUGUUUGCUCGGUGGCUUCAGAUUGUCAGUUCUGAUUUGCCUUUGUCAAACCUCUACAUUUAAUGACCAGUUCUGAAAGCACAUAGAACUAGACACAAGUUCUAGCUCGAUCUAGAAUGUCUCUUACUUCACACCUGAAACUCUUGUUUCCUGUUUAAAUACUAAAGUCUCAUGGUAUGUCAAUGGACAGUCUUUUUUCAGAAACUUUUAUUUUAUUUGGAUACGUAAAUGCAAUUCAAUAACUUUUUUUUCUUUUUGUAUUUGGUAUGAUUGUGUAAUUAACAGAAUUGUUUAUUUUUUCCAGUACUGACAAUGUAAUUAUGAGAUUUUCAGCAGCAUCAAUUGUAUGUUCUAUUCCCCCCCCCCCCAAGUUUAGAAUUAGUUUUUGAACUGUAUCAGUAAUAAUCAAGCUUUUAAAAUUACCUAUGUAAUCUUUUUGUGCAUGUGUAUGUGUUUUAUUUAUUAAUUUGGUUCACCAAAAUCCUUCAAGACAUCUCCACAUCAUUCAACAAAAAUGGACGUGGAUGACUCAGAUAUUUAACCCUCUGUGCAAGUCACAAGUAUUUUUUUAAAUGCAUUUGGCCAUAUUAAUUGAAAAAAUGAGCUUUGUCAACAGUGUCAGUCCACGCCAUCAAUUGAGGCUUGUGUCCUUUUCUUAAUGAAACUAAAUUUGAGAAUGGUAGAACUAGAUCCAUAAAUUUAAUAAACACUAUGAAACACAA